AGUUCCCAACACCCGAGCGGCUGAGCCGAGGCUUUGCUGCGUCCGGUCGAGCAUGAGCUACUUCAACCAGCAGCAGCAGGCUCCGGUCACCGCAUACCCACCCCCGCAGGCCAACUACGUGGUGGCGGCGCCUCCGGCGGCGUGCUACGCGCCGACUGCGCCACCGCCGCCGCCGGGCUACCCGACCAACUACGACGCGGGCAUGGGUGCCCCGCAGCCAGCGCAGACACAGAGCCGCGGUGACAAGGGCUUCUUGGAAGGAUGCUGUGCAGCCAUCUGCUGCUGCUGCCUCCUCGACAUGUGCUUCUAAGGACACAGAGAGCAGAAGUGUAUGAAAUCGUUUGCUGCAGUUAAUUGUAGCGUUUGCUUAUACAUCCAUGUGUUUUAGUGUGGAGUUGUAAGGGAGAGUCAGCCCUCUUGUGCCUAGAGAACUGUGUGAUGAUCAAUACAAGCUACAACUUGUAUUCUUGCUU